CCCCGCCGGUCGAACCCGCUGACGCCUCAGGUAAUCUCGUCUUUCUUUUACUUUCCCUUAUUCCUCCAGAUCUGUUCGGCCGCAAGGUUUCCUGCCGAAACUCUCGACCACCCUUGGCAACCCUCGCGGCGCCGGGCGGCCGGAUUCCAGGAGGCAUGGAUGGAGAACUGGAUAAUAAAAAGAAGUGGAUGGUAUUAUAUCCUGUUUACAUGAAUUCAAAGAAAACAAUAGCAGAGGGGAGGCGAAUAUGCACAAGCAAAGCUUGUGAAAACCCUACUUGUGCUGAGAUUGGUGAUUGCUGCAGCCAUCUUAAAGUCCCGUUCGCAAUUGAGCUUGAUAAGGCAUAUCCACGUGAUUUCAUGCAACGAGGAAGGGUGAGGGUAUUGCUGAAAAAAGAGCAUGGAACUUUAUAUAAUUCUUCAGUCCCUUCAAAAAAGCAGCUAAUGCUCCGCAUAGCAGAGUUGGUGCCGAGACACCCUGGGAGGGCUAAAAAACAGGAGCCCGCUGCAUCAACGACGUCGUCGUCGUCAUCAGGUGCUGGACCACCUUCAAAAUCUGGGAAGGGUGGUGGAAAGAAGAAGAGAUAGCUUCAGUCCAGUAAAAAUUCGUUUUUGGGAUUUGGCUUGGGAGCCCCUCUUUUCACAUCAUAUGUGCCCUUUUAUGCUGCUUGCUUCUUGUUGGUGCCGCUGCCUCUGUUAGACACCCAACCUUGUUGGCACUUGUUUGUUAACUAACUUGGGGCUUUCACAUGGAAACCCAGAAAGAGGUAUUUCUUGUUAGCUUACAACUGUUCUAUAGUAUUCUUCUUCCAAAAAGACAAUAAAGCGGUAGGCAUAGAAGAUUCACUGGUACAUAGUUUUCUGCUCCACCCAUUGUUAAUGAAACUGCUUUCCUGUUAUCAAAUUAUUAUUGUUCUCUCUUCUAUUAUUAUGUAA